GACAGUAGAUCAGGUAUAGGAAAGAAGUAUUUCGUAUCUAAUUAUAGUCUGGAAAUUUUCAACAGCCAUAUUCGGAUGCAAUAGUUACAAAGAUCAAUCAGGUAGAAGAAGCCCAUGAAUGUCAAAUUAUUGGAAUAUGUAAAAGAAAAUAUUGGAGAUUUUUACGACUGUCCUGAACACAUCGUUAAAAGAAAAAUAGAUCAGGUGUGGGUUUUCGUGUCUAAUUAUAGUCCGGAAAUUUUCAACAGCUAUAAUCAGACACAUCCUUUACCAAGAUUGAUCAGGUAUAAUCUGGCACAUCCAUUACAAAGAUGAAAGAUGAAGAUAAGGAACGGUGAUUAAUCUCACAAUUAAUCAGGCUACAGAAUGGACCCCAUUCUCCGUAUAUCAGACGCCCUAUACAUGGGUCUGUGUCAUGAGGUAGGGACACCGACAGAAGUAACCAUCAGAAGAGACGCGUGGGACAUGGAUGAAAUGGUAAACAAACCUGUACAGAUAUAUAGAGGACUGAGAACGAUGAUCAGUGGUAGUUAUAGGGAGGGAUUCAGGUUUCAAUCGUCGGAUCAGGACUGGAUGUUUUGGUCUUGUGCUCAUAAACUAAUUACCGAUAUCGCGCAGGCCAGACUUUACGAUAGAACAAAACACGCCAUUAUACUGAUGCAGGACAAUGAUACACCGCCUGGAUUUGUCAAACUACAGCUUCUGACGUCACCACGAGGCGAAUACAUUGUAUCAUCAGCUGUUCCAGUCAAUGACAGAAUUUAUGUCUCAAGUUUACUAUGGCAACAGCAUACGUUACAAAACCUUAAUAAUGUUAAAGGUUACCGGAACGGCAUUAGUCACGGCCCUUGUGCUAAUGCCUAUUACCUAUCUACUGAAUUUGAUAUAGCUGAUUGUUUAGCUGGCAUACAUUGGCCUGCAUUGACACGACCUUGGGUUGAAAGAUGUAUCAGACAUACUUGGCCUCCUGAACCUGUGCUCGCAGAAAUUUUAGAAAAUGGAUACCACUGUGUGCCAGUAGGAAGUAAAAUUGUUUCUAGUGGAAACUUAUUAGAGUGGAGAUUGUCGUUUUCUCAAGCCGAAAAACAACUUGUGUCUUCCAUGAAUCAUACACAAUUUCUGGUUUAUGGACUUCUGAAAAUAUUUCUUAAGGAGAUAGUCAAUUAUGGCGUGGAGGAACCCUUGCUGUGUUCGUAUUUCCUGAAAACCACCGUAUUCUGGAUGACACAGGGGGCAUCUGUUGAGUGGCGCCCUAACAAUUUACUGAAUUGUUUCUGGAAGUGUUUCAAAUAUCUCAUUCACUGCGUUUAUCGUGGUGUGUUCCCGAAUUUUUUCAUUCCACAGAACAAUAUGUUCAUAAACAAAAUUGUAGGUAAUGCUCGCACUUCCUUGUUUGAACAACUUUAUCAGUACUAUCAAAUGGGCGUGUCCUGUCUCUUACUCAGUCCAACCCUCAGAUCGAUCUUAGAACCAGCCCUCGGUAGUCUUACCUUAGUGAUUCCUUCUGCUGAAGGGCACAAUAAAGCUGCUGUAGAUUUAGAUAACACCGUGCGGAGGGAGAUAUUCAAACUCGAGACUACAACUGAGGAGCUAUCUCACUGUUUCAUUUUACUGUCAACUGUAGACAAAUUAUCAAUCUUAUCAUUAUCGCCUUACCAAACAUUAACAUUACAGUAUGAUACAGCUGAGAUUCUCAUUGACACGGCCUUCAUGAUGGUACAUAGUACAUCAAACCAAACAUUUAAAGAAUUGUACAAGUUAGACAGAAUUGUCUGUAACAUGUUGAAACUGGCAUCAAGGAUAGGCCCUGUGUCAUAUUCAUUGUAUCUCGCCUUGUAUUACUAUAGAACAGGUAGAUAUAAUGAAGCACUCCGUGUGACUUGUCUCACUAAACAAAGACUAUCACAGCCCUAUAUCAUGUAUCACGGUACUGUAGACAGACAGAGAUACAGUGAGGCUGUAGGUAGUCUGUCUCUGUCUAGGAAAAUGAAAACAGCCUGGGUAGACAAUGUGAAGUUAAGAAGUGAAGUCCACUAUAUUCAGGAAUUAAUCUUAGAGCAAGAAGUGAGUAAACAAAACGAUGAACGUACGUUAUUCAUUUCCCCCUUUGUGUUGACAGACAUGUUAUUGGUGUUAUCUCACUACAGACUAGGUGACAUAUCCCAGUGUCUACAGUCACUGACAGACCUACACACCCUGCUGCUACGUGAUGAUGGCAGAUAUGUACGGUUAUGCCUCAGGGGUCUGUCCUGGCAGAUACUGGGGAUCUGUCAGCAUGUUGUGGGGGACUUACACGGGGCGUUACACUCUUAUCAAGAAUCACUUGGACUAGAACAAUUCAACAACAUACAGACAGCUACAGAAAAUAGAAUAGUGUUCGUUGAACGUCAGUUACACAGAAAUAGGCAAUCAUAAAACAAUACACUUGUACAUUUUCGGGACAUCAUGUAUCAAAAUCAAGUAAGGUGCAUUUGUGUGUUUCAUCAGAAACAUAUUUUUAUAGAGUGUCGACCAGUGUAUCUCUACAUAACUGACAUCCUCAUACAUUGACAAAGUAAAAACUUCUGCACAUUGGAAUACCAUUCUACAUAUAUCCCAAUAUCGUUGCACCUUUCAGUCUUUGUUCCCAAUUGUGACUCGUCAUUCCUGUAACCGGAACUUCACGAAAUGACAUAUUCUGCCGUCAAGCUGUUAUCAACUGGACAUUACUCUGCACAUCUACAUAUUGUGUAUUUUGUGUUGUUAUAGCAUUGGAUGCAAGAAAGUGAAACUCUAAUGUAACAAUUUAUUUUAAAACAUUUACAAAUAAAAGUUCAUGAUGAAUUGA